GGGGUGUCACAGUGGUGAAGUCCCUGUCCGCAGGGUGGCGCUGUGCCGCAGUCUGCUCGAGCACAUCCUCCUCCUGAACUUUUUCCUCCUGGCUCAGUAACCUGACACCGGCUCUAACCCGGGGAACAGAGGAUGGAUCCCGACUUCAGUUCAGCGCUAAAGGAAACUAGUUGAGGCAGAGGAGCGAGGGAGAGAGAGGCAGUGUGUGUGAGAGUGUGAGUGUGUGUGGACAGGGUUUCAGGUGCUUCUCGGCUCCUGGGGUUUUUAUAUAAAUGCGCUACACAAAGUUUGUCGCUGAAGCCGCGGAUGGGUGACGACCACUCUCAACGCUUCCAUGCAAGGAGACGAUGAAGAAUCACAACGGCAGCCCCAGACUACACCACCACCAGCACCACCACCACCAUCCUCCUCCUCCUGCGAGCCACAGCAGAGAGCGGAACGGGAGGAAGGCAGAGGGGCUGUGCGCCGUGUGGCUGCGCUUCUCACUGCGGGAUUAUGGCUUCUGCAUGGGCACUCUGCUGCUCUUCUGCCUCGCCUCGCUCUUCUACCAGCUGCACGGAGGACCUCCGAGGAUCCUGCUCGACAUGCGCCAGUAUCUCGGACAAUCCACAUAUAUGGACGAUCACAGACUCCCUGCUCCAAAGGUGCUGCCGUUCCCCAGUCAGGUGAUCUAUAAUCGAGUAGGGAAGUGUGGCAGUCGCACUGUGGUGCUGCUCCUCAGGAUUCUGGCAGAGAGGCACCAGUUUAAUCUGGUCUCAUCUGACAUUCACAACAAAACUAGACUCACCAAGCAUGAGCAGGUGGAGUUGAUGAAAAACAUCAGCACGAUGCCGCAGCCCUUCCUGUACACCAGGCACGUUCACUUCCUCAACUUCAGCAGGUUCAGGAUGGAGCAGCCUGUCUACAUUAACAUCAUCAGAGACCCCAUCAACCGCUUCCUGUCCAACUACUUUUUCCGCCGCUUCGGGGACUGGAGAGGCGAGCAGAAUCACUUGAUCCGCACGCCUCGGAUGAAAGACGACGAGAGAUACCUGGACAUUAACGUGUGUAUCCUGGAGAACUUCCCGGAAUGCUCAAACCCUCGUCUUUUCUACAUUGUGCCGUAUUUCUGUGGUCAGCAUCCUCAGUGCAGGGAGCCGGGUGCAUGGGCGCUAGAGAGGGCCAAGCAGAACGUCAUGGAGAACUUUCUCCUGGUGGGAAUUUUGGAGGAGCUGGAGGAUGUGCUGCUUCUUUUUGAGAGAUUGCUACCUCACUUCUUCAGCGAUGUGCUGACGAUCUACCACAGCCCAGCUUUUUGGAAGGUGGGUAACCUAACAGGCACAGUAAAGAAGCACAUGCCCACGCUGGAGGCCCUGCAGGUGCUGUACCGCCGCAUGAGGUACGAGUACGACUUCUACAACUUCGUGCGCGACCAGUUCCACCUGCUCAAAAAGAAAAUCGGCCUCAAGUCGACGCGUCCGAGCUCGGCGCAAGAGCCAGACUUUCUGCGGGAGCUCGCCCUCCGAACCAACGACCCACUGGACGAGGACGACGAAGAUGAGGAGGACGAUACUGCUCUGGAAGAUGCCAAUAACUGGUUGGUGCAGCCUUGAAAGUUGGCACAAGGAUUUGAUAUCUCUUAGGAAUCGAGUGGAGAUAGCAUUCCCAAGAGCACUUUGUUUGUGUGUGCAUGCACACGCGCAUGUGUGUGGUUGUGCACAUGAUCAUGUGAUACCCGUAUUUUUAACGGGGUUGUUUUUAAAAAAAAAAAAUCCACCAGGACAGCUAAUGUGCAUGGAUGGGCCUAAUUUAAUAUAUAUACAGAAAUACAAGACAAAAGACAAUGUACAAAUGAAUUUAUCUUUUUGUCUUUUUUAUAUAAAGAAUGCUUUUUGCUUUGUUAAAAAAAAGUUUCCGUGAUUAUUAUUUUAAUUUUUUGGUUUUAGAGUUUAGAAUUAAGGGGGAGUAUAAGUGGAAGACGGUUUUGAGACAUGAAAUGGACACCCAGAAGGAGAGCAGAGAGGUGGAGAAAGUCUGUGUUUGAUUUCAGAUGGUCCAGAUCAUCCUUAGAACCACCUCACACUGCACGUGCAAGGCCUUACACUCCUCUCGCCAUGAGAACAAGGGAACAGCACUACUUAGCAUCAGAUUUUUGUAUGGAGCUUAUAUUAAAUACUUGGAAGUCUAGGGUGUAUAAGGUGUAUACCUUUUUAUUCCUAUAGAAUGUACAACAAUAGACAAGUAAUGCCACAGUUGUGCCAGAUGUUUUUUUUUUAAAGCUCAAAACUACAAAACUAAAUGCAAUUAAUUAACAGAUAUUUAAUAUACUUUUUCAUAAAAAAAAAAAAUCAAACAUAAAAUCAUUCCUUAAUAUAAACAACCAAAUGUUAUCAUACAGUAUAAUCAUGUGUUCUACUGGGAGUCAGGAAUCAGAAGACAGAUGAGGAAUAAAAGUUGGUGUGAUAUGAAAUGGAGGGCUGUGUUUCCACCCAAACCAAUGAACAUUUUCUGUUGUUAAAAAAAAAAGAAGAGGCAAAAUCAUACUUAUUUUUUGCAUUUGUAGUUGUAUGAGGGGUGUUCGAGUCAAAACAGGACU